AUGCUCCAGCUUCAAAGAGCAGCGCAAAAAAACGUUGCACGGAGGUUGCAUAAAGCAACUGUCCAGCUCGGCGCGUGGAACUCUCACCGGGGGCUUGCUACACCCUCAGGUCCAUAUGACGCCGUCGUUAUUGGUGGAGGUCCUGGUGGAUAUGUUGCAGCAAUCAAGGCUGCUCAGCUGGGAUUGAAGACUGCAUGUAUAGAGAAGCGUGGCAGCCUUGGAGGCACUUGUCUUAAUGUCGGUUGCAUACCUUCAAAAGCCAUGUUGAACAACUCUCAUAUCUACCACCAAACGCAACAUGACCUCCAAAAGCGUGGUAUUGAUGUUACUGGCGUUUCCCUCAACCUUCCGCAGAUGCUGCAGGCCAAGGAGCAAUCCGUUGUUGGCCUCACCAAGGGUAUUGAGAUGCUCUUCAAGCAGAACAAAGUCGACUACAUUAAGGGCAGUGCAUCGUUUGUAUCCGCAACGCGUAUCGCGGUUCAGCUCAAUGAUGGCGGGUCGACCGAGGUGGAGGCGAAGAACGUCAUCAUUGCCACUGGCUCCGAAGUCGCACCUUUCCCAGGCGGUGCUAUUGAGAUUGACGAGAAGCAAAUCGUCAGCUCAACUGGUGCCCUUGAAUUGCAGAAGGUACCUGAGAAGAUGGUCGUCAUCGGUGGUGGCAUCAUUGGCCUCGAAAUGGGCAGCGUAUGGAGUCGCUUGGGCGCAGAAGUGACUGUUGUUGAGUUCCUGGGCACAAUUGGAGGCGCCGGUAUUGAUGAGGAGGUUGCCAAGCAAUUCCAGAAAAUUCUUACCAAGCAGGGCAUCAAGUUCAAACUCAACACCAAGGUCCUUUCUGCGGACAAGCAAGACGGGAAUGUCAUCAUUCAGACUGAGUCUGCCAAGGGCGACAAGCAGGAAAUCCUUGAAGCAGAUGUUGUCCUUGUUGCUGUCGGCCGUCGUCCGUAUACUGAGGGUCUCAACCUUGAGGCUGUCGGUAUCGAGAAAGACAACAAGGGCCGCAUUGUCAUCGACGACCAGUUCAACACAUCAGUAAAGAACAUCAAGUGCAUUGGCGACGUGACCUUCGGACCUAUGCUUGCUCACAAGGCUGAGGAGGAAGGCAUUGCUGCUGUUGAGUACAUCAACGCAGGGCACGGCCACGUCAACUACAAUGGCAUUCCUUCUGUUGUCUACACUCACCCUGAAGUAGCAUGGGUAGGAAAGACUGAGCAGGAACUUAAAGCCGCUGGUGUAAAAUACAACAUCGGCAAAUUCCCCUUCGCUGCAAACUCGCGUGCUAAGACCAACCAGGACAGCGAGGGUUUUGUGAAGUUCAUUAGCGAGAAGGAGACGGACCGCAUUCUAGGUGUCCACAUCAUCGGCCCUAACGCCGGCGAGAUGGUCUCAGAAGCUGUUCUGGCUAUGGAAUACGGUGCAAGUUCCGAGGAUAUUGCACGGACAACGCAUGCUCACCCCACCCUGAGCGAGGCAUUCAAGGAAGCAGCAAUGGCUGCCUACGGGAAAGCCAUUCACUUCUAG